ACAGAUGUUUUCAGUCUAGUUUAUUUUGCUAUUUAUUUGCUGUGCAAUUGUUCAAAUGUGUUUGCAGUGUGAUCGAUAAGCACAGGGAGGAACUGGCCAAGCAACCCAAAAAGAUCCACAAUGGCUGGAUAAAGGACUGCUUGGCAGAAUAUGCAGAGAGCUUCCCUCAGCUGUCAGUAACCCUGGAAGCUAACGUCAACCGUGGCAUCUACGGGCAGAAAGGGUUUGAAAACUACACAUUUCAGGAGAUGUGGGAGCUGUACAGCCAGCGUGCUGCCUUGAUGGACAGGCCUGAAGAUUUUAGCAGCAAUCAGAAAGACCUAAUUCUCAGGGCACAUAACUCUGUCACCCGCUGGCUGCACACUCCUGUUACACACAUCAGCAGUGUGCAGAUGAAGCGGUUUAGAAAAUACAUAUAUGACAAAAAGGACCAGAAUUUAAAAUCUACAGCUGAUGUUCCUUCAUGGUCGAGGUCAAAAGUGCCAUCAUCAAGAACCACAUCAACAUCAACAUCUGCUUCUACCUCUGCCAAGGCUGCCACAGCUUCCACCACCGAUAUGGCUUUAACCUCUGCUAUGGCUGCCACCACCUCCAUGGCUUUCACCUCUGCCAUGGCUGCCACCACCUCCAUGGCUUUCACCUCUGCUACUGCUUCCACCUCUUACACUGCUGCCACCUCAGCUACGGCUUCUACCUCUUACACGGCUGCCACCACUGCUACGGCUUCCACUUCUUACACGGCUGCCACCACUGCUACUGUUUUCACCUUUGCCAUGGCUGCCAACACAGCUACGGCUUCAACAUCUGCUUUCACAUCAGCCACUGCUUCCAUGUCUGCCUCCACAUCCUCCACCACCAAACACAAGGAGCCAAUGUCCUCACCCAUGAGUGACUCUUCUGUAAGUAAAUAUUCAUGUUAAGUGCACAAAUGAAAAGUGAAUUGUUAUUAAAGCAGUAAGAUAAUCUUUGUUCACAUGUAUUGCAGGUUGAACUUGAGGGUUGGGUGCGCUUGUGGGAAAACCCUAAUGGCAUUUCACCAGCUGACCUCUCGUGGGUGAAGGAUGACACAGAAAGAGGGCUCUUCACCAACAUUCAGGUCUACCAGGACAGUACAGGUGUGCUGAAGAGAAGGCGGGUAAUGAAGUCGGACAGAAUGUGGUUUUACCCCCCUGAACCUCCAGGCUACCUCAGCGGGACUGUGCCAUCUCCAAACCUGUUCUUUCGGGGCCGCAUCUUUGUCUGGAGACCAGUUGGGGUGUGGAGAUAUUCACUGAAGUGUCCCCGUGGUAAAGACUGUGUGGGUAGUGGAAACAAGGUGCACCUCUACAAGUCAGGAUACCACACCAAGGUUCGUUACAUCUGUGAUGUAGCCAACUGGUACACGAUGCUGACUGAGGUCCUGUGCUGUGGGCCAUGCACAAAGGAAGGCAGGAAAGGUGCUGGUGCCAAGGUGGGUCGUUGGUUGGCAUGGCAUCCUGAAAUCCUUUGUCAGCUCAGUGAGGCUCACCAAGCCAUGUUCCCUGCGAUUUUAACACACAGGCGUGGUGUAGACAAGAGUGUGAUCCGGCUUCUGCGGGAUCGCACCGAAGGGAACACUAUGAUAAAAGUGUGGCGGCAGGUUCAGGAAAACCACGUGGAGGAUUAUCUCCACAGAAAGGACCUGUACACAACCCUCCUGAUGACCCUGGUAAAACCCGGAGCGAUUGUGUCAGCCUUUAGACACCAGUUUGAGGCUCCACCUCCUCAAAGAGAGAUGCCUUCUGCUCACCUGCUUCGCCACGCCUUCCUUCUCGCUGAGGCCGAAAAUGUGCAGGACUACAGAAGCCAGAUUCUGUCCACUUUUGGCACAGUGCUGAAAAUGGACUCCACUAAAAAGGUGGUCAAGAAGCUGUCUGGGGAGGGUAAAGGCACAGCGGAGUGGUUCACCAGCAUUGGCAAUGAGUACUCACAAAUAGUCUCAUUUAUUCUUACAUGCGAGGAGUCCACUGAGUGCCUGAAGCCCAUGUGUCAGGGAGUUAUGGACAGAUUCCAGCUGGCCAAUCAGCCUGUCCCUAAGAUCCUGUACGUUGACCGUGGCUGUUGUCGUGCACAGGGCCCGACAGCUUUGGAGUCAUUGUUCAAGACAUGGGUGGAUGGUGGUAUGGUUGUCCGUUUGGACAUUUUCCAUUGGAUCCAUCGCUUUGAUGCUGCCAUCCGCACAGACAGCCACUCCAAGUAUGCAGUGUUCAAGUCUGCCCUUGCAGGAGCGGUGAUGGCCUACAACCGCGCAGACUUGGAGUUGCUCAUCAAGGCUGUCAGAGCCAAGGAUCCGACAGCUUUUAACAGAGUGACAGAUGAAGAUAUGGUGCGACUGUAUGUUUCAAGUGAACGGCUAAAGCACCAUGUUCGGAGAGUCACUCUUGGAGCUCAGGAGACCUUUCGACUUGUGCAGAUCGCCAUCGAUGAGCUCAAGGGUCCUGCUGGGCUGGACGAGAGUGGAGUCAGUCUCUUCAAGUCAACAGAAGCAAUAGAUAGUAUGUGGGAGGCCCAGCAACGGCACCUGGAGUGCAUGCAGGAUCCUCCGGAGAUGAGCAUGUACAGAGUGGCUCGCAGCACCAGCAUCAAUGGGGUUGAUGUGCCUUACUACAAGUGUCUUCGUGGAAGCAACAGUCUGGAGGGAUUUCACAAAUUUCUGCCUCACAUGAUACCAGGUCACGCUCCACACGGACACUCAGUGUCAUCGUCUGGUCAACUAAAUCAGUCUUAGAUCCCUUCUUGUUCCUGUAAAGGAUUCUUCAAGUAAGUUCGUGUGCUUUGUAGUUUUUAGAGGCUUCCCUGCACAUCCUCUGGGCUAAUCAUUACCUGCUCACCUCUGCCUCACCUAUCAACCUGAUAUACUCACUGGCUUACUCACCUUUAACAUAUUCACCUGCUCACCUGCUCCAGCUGAAGUGUAGCAUACUCACCUGAUAUACUCACCUGCUCCAGCUGAAGUGUAGCAUACUCACCUGAUAUACUCACAUGCUCCAGCUGAAGUGUAGCAUACUCAUUUAAUGUACUCAUCUGCUCACCUGUUCCAGCCAUAUGUGUUGUAUACUCACCUGGCAUACUCAUCCUGCUUUGCAAGCAAUCAUGCUUUUUGUGGUGUGCUUAUUUCAGCUGUAAAUGAAGGUGGCUUGGCUUUCUCAAAUUUUUUCACCAUGUCAUCGUUGUUUUAAAAUAAGUCACCUUUACUGUAUGUGUGGCCAUGACAUGAUUUUAAUGUUCUUUUCUGUCAUUUCAAGGUCCCCACUGUGCGGCACGUCCAUUCCAGGUGUACCUGAUUAGUGGGAUUGCACGCUGGAACUCAGACCGCAGUUCUGAUGCAGUGUAUGGUGGCAAAGGGCGAGUGCACAGAACCUACUCCGCACCUCUAAUCCAGCGUCUCAACACCCGCUGCCAGCUGUUGUUUGGAGAAACCGUGGAGGAGAAUUUCCGUGCCCCUUCUGCUGUGGCAUCAAACGAGCUGCUUGGUUUGGAGUACCUCUUCAGCCAGAGCACGGGUGAAUCUGGUGCCAACUUCUCCCUCGCUGAUCUCUCAAAUGAUGGACCAAGUCCAGAGCAAGAGGUGGUUCAGCCAGACCAGGCUGAACCAGAUGAGGAUGACGAGGCUUACCAGAGUGACCCAGAGGCAAAUGAUGAUGGGCUGGGUGUUGCCCCAGCCCACAUAACUCUUACCACCAAUGAAACCACCACAGCUCACCCUCCGGCCUUUGAGGAUGCCUGCAGCUCCAACCCCCUACCAGGAUUUCAGCAGCUGGAGAGAUUCUGCUCUCUUCUGGUGGAGAUCGGUUUCUCUGAAACCAAGCUGAGCCUGACGACAGACCAGAGGAAUGAAAUCAUAGAUGCAUGGAAUUCUGUGGAGGACCACGACAAGCAGCCACAGAGGUUUCACCAGCUGUACAGGACGCACUGGGGCAACACACUGUACUGCCGGACGAAGAGAGAUGAUCUUGUUGAAGCUGCCAUAGUUCAGAAAGUGAAGAUGGCCCAACGCUAUGCGCCAGCUCAACAAGACAUCAGUGCUCUUCAUAACCGGCUAAUGUACACGCUGGUGAAACUUCUGUGGCUGGGGUUACCUCAAGGUUCCAGCCGAUCAAGCCCUGAA